UCUACAUACAAAUACACACAUAAAAUGAACGGAGAUACUGUAAUGGAAGAUACCGUCAUGAUUCUUGAACAAAGCGAGGCUAUUCCUGCCACUGAAAGCAAAGUCAAGCAAACCACACCUUAUAUGACCCGAUAUGAAAGAGCUAGAAUUUUAGGUACCCGUGCUCUCCAAAUCAGUUUAAAUGCCCCCGUGAUGGUGGAGCUUGAUGGAGAGUCCGAUGCUUUAGCUAUCGCCAUGAAGGAAUUAAGAGAAAAGAAGAUUCCCCUCAUUGUCAGACGUUUCUUACCCGAUGGUACCUUUGAGGAUUGGGAUGUAUGCAACUUGAUUGUAGAGUAGAAGAAGAGAGAGAGAGAGAGAGUCGAUAUUUUUAUAUGUAAAUGUGUAUUAUACAACAGAGUGUUUGAAAUAAACCAUGACUAUUAUUAUUAUUA